GACGCGUAGCAGGUUGCACGGGUGCGGACUCCUCGAGAGGCGCAGGCAGCCGAGUUCUUGAAGCCAGCGAUUAACGAGCUGAAAUUGAAGUCAGAGUGCGAACGAGGCCAAUUGCGCAAGGAACUUACCGAGGUGGUUAACCGCAUUGCUCAUUCUUGCUGAGAGCGCAAAAGUUAUACUUUAUGCCAAAAGUCACGGGAUAUAAAUCUGGCACUUCCUCGAUGUCGACAUCUCACAAGAUAUUCGUCAACACGAGAAGUUAUAAUAUUGGCAAUACUAUCAAAACUCAAAUGACACUGGAUACUCUCAGUGCAGGUGGCUGAAAACGAGCAUUGAGACUCGUGAGAGAGACGAUAGAAGAUUUAGGAUGAAAUUAGAGCCGAAGAUCGACCUAGAGAAUCGUAUCCCUGACGUAAGCUGUACCAAGGAACGUCGUGGUGGAAGUGCCAAGUAGAAGUGCAAAGACCGGGAGCGCAGGUGUUCUCGUUCUCGAAGAAUUCCUACCUCCGGAGAAACACUUUGAUUCAAUAGGAUAAACCAUAGGCGCGACGACGUAAGAGGCUUUCUCCACCUUUGGAAUGUGACCACCGCUUAUUCCCGCCUAUCGAAUUUCCUACCGUUCCCCGCUGACGCUCGCGAGCUCCAUGCGUACCCUCUGGUUCCUACUGGUUCCCUUUCUCUACCUGCAAACAAAACUCUUUACCACGUUGGCGCUGCUUGCGUCGUACUGUGCUGUAGUGAAGUCCGCAAGAGUCACAGGCGAGGAUCGGUAUAGUGUGAGAGAAAGGGCCGGACCCAGUGGACUCCAGUAGCACUACUCAGACUACAUAGCCAAAUAGACAACUUGGAAGAGUUUUCUACUCUGUGCCGGGUCUCCAGCUGUGACGUGUAGAGAAACGAAGGCUGGACCAAAGUUAAAGUCUCUCAAGGAAGGCAUUCGAGUGACUAGAAUAAGUCUGAGCAUCGAAGUCUCCGUGUCUGAGCAGAUCUAGCUGUGGCGCAUGCGCCAGGUAAUUUGCCUGGAGGAAAAAGAAGAAGAGAAGUCGUAGGAGGUGGUGGAAGGACAGAUAGAGAAGAGCCGAAGUGAAGGAAGAAGAAGAAGGAUAAGAAGGAGGGGUCUGCGAGGAAAGACGCUAUAGUGGUCCCCUUUUAGCCUCCCAUCCUCAAUGGAGGGGCACUCGGAGAAUAUUUACGCCUAAGGCUAUCGUUGCGAUCCUUGACGGGUACGUGUUCUCGUCACGAGCCAGUUUACAGGUACUCCUCCUCCUGAGAAGAACCUCACGACGUAGAUAGAUCCAGCAAUAAGCGUCCUCCUGCGGAGGCUGGAUACCAAAAUGGCCGCGCCUUGAAGGAUUUAACAUGCGUUAGCAGUAUCAGGUUGAGCAUAAGAAAAAAAUUGCGUCAAGGACUUGUCGAGUGAGAUCCAAUUGAUUCGUUCAAGUGAUUUUUCCCAAGGGAACCUGUGAUUAUGGUGACGAUACUCCGGUGUUACUUUUAAUUGAACGAUAUAGAAGUGUUGACAGCUGGUUAAAAAAAAUUUAAUCCUUGUCCUUUUACAUAUAUGAUAUUUAACUGAAUCUUCUAAUCGAAUAGAGAAGCGACCGAUAACGUGCUGCGUGAAGUGUUUUAUAAACUCGAGUGAAAUUUACGGGAUCUCAUGACGGACCUACGACUGUCAUAAGGUCAAACCCACAUAAAUUGACAUUAACUGACAGUACAACCACUAGAUGUACCAGAAGAUGACACGAGUUCUCCAGUGUAUUCUCUUGCUGGGCGUGGCUCUCCUGAGGGAAACUUCAAGCCACGUAGCACUCACGUUUCCCCGGGCAAGAAAGUAUGAUUUGGACUUCCUGGAUAACGCCCGGACCCCCGGUCCCUGCGGCAUGCCUCGAGGUGACGUCAAGACAUCCUUUCUCAGCGGAAGUAGCUUCAACGUGACCUGGCAUCUUGCAUAUGCUCAUAGGGGUGGCUUUAGGUUGCAAAUACUCGACGCACUGGACAGACCUCUUGUGGAUCUUACCCCUGUCACUCAGCAAAGUGAAUUCGUUGAGGAUGAUGCCACGGCUCAGAGAUUUCCGGUGGAACUUCCUCAGAACUUCACAUGCAAGGACUGCACUAUAAGGCUACUCCGAGAGGCUGAUGAAUGGGGAUCUACGUAUAGAUUUUGGUCCUGCGCAGAUAUCGAUAUACUCGAGCGUAAAGCCUAUCGCGAACAGUGCAGUGGACAUGGAACUUAUCUCCUAGGUAGAUGUAGAUGCGAUAGGCUAUAUCAUGGUACCAGGUGCGAAUACAAAGAAGAAUGUCUGGAUAAUUCGGACUGCGGUACGCAAGGGACUUGCGUGGAUAACCAAGGAACCACGUCACCAACAAAAUUAUGCUAUUGUAAUGCUGGCUGGUUUGGUCCUGGAUGUUCCAAGAGAUCUGCUGUGAAAAAUGCGGACAUUGAUUUUGAUGCUUAUACAAUGAAACAAUUUUCCGAUGACUUUACAUUCUACUGGAGAAUCCUUAAGGACAGUGCUGAGCUGGAAGGAGUGAUUGUCGUUAACGGGACAUCCUGGGUAGGGGUAGGAUGGAGACCCUCGACCUUAACAGCAGCUUGUCGUUCCUUUCCGGUAAUUCGAGAUCCUCCUAGCGAGCCACUCCCUCAACCGGAACCAAAAUCAGAACCUGAACCGGAGCCAGAAUCUCACCAUGCUCCAGCAUCGGAACCGGAACCUGAACCUGCUGCUUCAGUGGCUGGAACUACUCUGGAAUCUGACCGUACCAAAUCCGCUGCUAAGAGACGUUCACCUGCUAUGGAAACUGACGUUAUUCCGGCUGAUAUGGGUGUGACUGUACAAACUAGUGUAACUUACAGAGUCAGCACGAAACAAGGACGAAAGAAGAGAGCGGCGGCAGGGACAUCUGCCACGCCUGAACCAACUGGAGAGCCUGUUGGCGAGCCUACGCACGGCACUGCUGAGCCUGAACCGAAAUCCAAACCUGAACCUCAAUCGGAACCCGAGCCUAAAUCUGAACCUGAACCAGAACCUAAGUCAGAACCUGAACCUAAGUCAGAGCCUGCACCUGAACCCAAAUCAGAACCCGCGCCUGAUCCUAAGUCUGAUCCUCCACCUGAACCCAAAUCAGAACCCGCGCCUGACCCUAAGUCAGAGCCUGCACCUGAACCCAAAUCAGAACCCGCGCCUGAACCUAAAUCUGAGCCUGAACCCGAGCCCAAAUCUCAUCCUGAACCCGAACCAAAAUCCAAACCUGAACCUAAGGCUGAACCAGAACCGGAAUCCGAAUCCGAACCUGAACCGAAAUCUGAACCUGAACCGAAAUCAGAGCCAGAACCAAUCUCCAAACCUGAACCAACUUCUGAACCAGAACCUAAAUCUGAACCAGAACCCAAAUCUGAACCUGAACCAAAUUCUGAACCAGAACCCAAAUCCGAACCAGAACCAAAAUCCGAACCGGAGCCACAGUCCGAGCCUGAACCUAACAACACGUAUGGAUCAACUAAAGCCCCAGUGCCAACAGCCGUCCACAAGUACACCCCCAAACACGAUUUCAACCCUAUGGAUUGUACGGACAUCAUCAUCGGUACAGCCAGGGGUAAUACACAUCGAGUAGGGGAUUACUAUACAAGAGACAGAUCAACUCCUCGCCAAGACAGUUUCUGGGGUGGAAAAGAUAGUCUAACAUCCGCCUUUGGUUUCGAAAAAGACGGUCGUACGACGAUAGUCUUCAGGAGGAAACUCACCACUAAUGAUGUAACCGACCACGAGAUCAUCGACGGAAACAUGCAGGUUAUCUGGGCAAAAGGUCAAAUGCCAGGGAAGUACAUUCACAACCCUCCAAGUGGAGUGGAAAAGUCAAAGGUCUCCGUACCGCAGUUUUACAAAACGGAUGAGCUUAAGUACCACGGUCAUAAGAGUCAAAGAGGAGUGGCUACCUUCAAUUUCUUUGAAGAGAAAAAAAAGGAAUCCGGUGGUCAGACUCCUCUCCAGGGUGGCGGAUGCGGUGGUGAAUGGCGUUAUCCUAGAAAAUGUUCAGUGGAAAAUGAUACCUGUGAAUAUUCCGUUCAAUGGAUCUACAAGAGUAAAAACGAUCAACUAUCCUUUACUAUUAAAUCAAAUCAUACGGAUAAGUGGACCGGUAUAGGAUUUUCUAAUGAUCAGAAGAUGUCACAAACGGAUGCUGUCUUGGGAUGGGUUGACAAAACAGGGAGACCUUUCGUCAUGGACAUCUGGUUAAGCGGUUACAGUCCUCCUCUUCUGGAUGCCUCUCAGGAUAUCUACAAUGCCAGCGGUUAUAUUAAGGAUGGUAUCACCACAUUACAAUUCUCAAGGAAGAGGAUUACAAAGGAUAAUCGUGACCUAUCGUUCACCGACGAUCACUGCCUCUACAUGAUGUUCCCAAUCAAGGGUGGGGUUUUUUAUGAGGUUAAUAAGAAGAUCAGGAAGCAUGAAACGGUCCCUAUUGUUUCCACCGACAGGAUUUGCAUAAGGUCCUGUGGGCCAGAAGAUGAAGAGAAUGAAAUUUCCGCAUCGGCACCGCCGAGAUUAUUUUACGAGGUGGAAGUCAAGCUGGUGAAUCUCGGUGACGGAUUCCAGACUCCUGCACCUGAAAGUCCGGAUUUCCAAGAGAUAUCCAACACCAUCGCUAACAGUUUUGGACCCAGUCUCAGUAACAAGCUGCCAGGAUAUUACGGAUUGGAACUCAACAAGCUCGAGAAGAACAAUGAUGAUAACGGUGUCAUCGCGAAAAUGAAUUUGAUCCUGGAUAAGAACGAGGCCAAGGGUAGAGCCCUUAAACCAGAGGAUACCGACGCUGUAGCCGAGGGUGCCUUUAGGGAGGCACUGAGCUCGGGAAGGGUUGGUUCCCUUACGGUGGAUCCACAGUAUCUUGUCAUCAGAGCUCCAAAAGUUAACGACGCUGACGUCAGAGAUGACGAGGACGAUCUGACGUCACCAUCAUCAACCGGUGUACUACUAAGUGCUACCAAGUUGUAUAUCGUGGUUGGUUGUGUUGCCGCUCUAGUUGCCCUGGCAUUAUUACAAGCUAGCUGCACGCUCUACAGGGCAUCGAAAAGGCGGACUACCAAGGCAAAACGAUCCUUACAAGAUCAGUUGAUAGCGAAGAACGCAUGGAGGGACUAUUCCUCGGGGGCCAAUACCAAUUACGCAUUUGAGGCUUUUGAAACAGAGGAAAAGGCACCUCCGCCUGUAUCGAGUUUACCAAGACCCAGAGACGUUCCCGAUGGUCAUCGGGUAGCUCUAAGCGGUACGGCUGGUGGUGUAGCACCAGGUCCUCGUGCUACGUAUAGUUUACCGCGAGCACCAGGUCCACGACAACCACCACCCCCGCAGCCAGGAUACUACACGCAGGACCGUAGAAACCAACGUUUCAAGGGUAGCAAUACUAGUGCUAGUGGUCAGCCACAGCCAGACUUUUACUUUAUGCCAAGUCAGAGAAAAUACAGCGGGGAGGUGGUCCGUGUCUACGUGGAUUACGGCAAUCAGCCGAAGUAAGAUUGGAAAACGUGUUAUAAAAUCUUGUAAAUACAUAAGCGACGACGCGGCGGAUCCUCGGCGCCCAGAAACGCCCCGUUCAUUGACAUGGCCACCCAUCAGAAUAACGAUCAACCACCAUCACCAUCACCACCAAAGAGCAAACGGUGCCUCAGCGACGACGCCCGGCGUCGGCGCAAGCCUGUACAUUCGCUUUGUCUUACACUAGUUAAGCUCUAAGUUAAUCUUUACGCACUAUUUAUAAGAUGAAAUAUAAUAGUAUAAGUGAGGAGGAGCGGGAGAGUUAAUGUUUGAAAUAACAGUUAAAGAAAACUAUGAAUGAUAGUAAAAGCAAAGAGAAAAAGGAACAGAAAAUGUAUAUCAAAGGGAAAAGCCCGGCGCGAUGUAAUAAAGUCUUUGUACAAUCUUUUUUUAACCCAA